GAUCCUUAUUGCUGCAUCGAUGCAUAUAAGAGAGCAUCGUUCAUUCUCACUCAGAACUUCAUCAAUGCACAUUAGAGAUGAGGAUCCUAAAGAUGUGGUAAAGAGCAGUAUUUGUGGAGUUAUGAUGGGUGUGUUAUUUAUGAUAAUAUUUGCUAUAAUAGGAAUAGUGGGCACAUUCACAAGUAUAGGAAAAGACUCAGAUUACAUAUGGAUGUUAGUAGUAUUAUCUUUUACAUAUAUUCUAUUUAUUCCUUACUUCAUACUAAUUCUCAAAGACUUAAGGAAGAUAUCAGCUGAGUUAGAAAAACAUUAGGAUGAAUCGGUUGUAAUGAAUCCAUUUGCAUUUGCAUCUGGCAUGAAUACCAUUAAUGCAAUCACAAACAAUGAAAAAUAUAACCCUUUUAGACUGUUAAAUAUUUAGUUCUCCAUAAUUACAUUAAUACUUAGUGCAUACUUAAUUAAUUCAAAAAUAGUAAUAGGAUCAUUGUUAGCUAUUGUUAAUUAUAUUAUUGCAGCAACUAUUAUAAUUUAUGCUUGUAGAAAAUGUUGGUUGGGUUGUUGCAACAUAAGAGUAGUUACAAAAAAACCUAAACGAUAUCAUUAUUAUCGCUAUCCUUGUAAUCAAUUCACUCUAUCUUUUAGCACCAAUUGUCGUCCAGAAAACUACUUUUCUUUUUGGAGUUUUCUUACUUCUAUUUUAUAUUAUCAAAGCUAUUUUGUAUAUAAUAUUUCUAAGUAUUCAAAAAGAAAACUACAAAUUCACAUUGCUAACUAGUUUCUUCUAUUCAUUUAUUAUUUGCACUUAAAUUAUCUAUGUCCUUUAUCUAAUUAAAAAAAUUAACAUAACUCUCUAUUCUAAGAAAUAUUUCAAAUGCUAUAUGACAUUGUUUCAAUCCUUAUACCUUUCAUAUACUACUUAAAAUUGCAUUUUAAAAGGACUUUACUUUUUUUCACUCUUUUGUACUUACAUUGCUUUCUUUCUAGAAAAACCUUAUAAAACAAUCACCAAAGAUACAUUAUUUGGAAUUCAUUAAUUUUGUUCAUAUGAACAUUUCAUAUACCUAUUUACAAUUGUCUAAUUAAUUUACUUCUUCCUCUUUCGAAGUUAUUGUGUCAAUAAAGAAGAAGAAUAAAUAUAAGUAUUUGAUUUUAAUUUAGCUUAACCAUAAGAAUAAAGAUUGUAAUGGGUUUAAAAUAAUCAUUAAGAUCAUCCCAUUUAUAAAUAAAAUUCAUCAAAUAAUUUCUACUAAAUACAUGAUUUAGAAGCUCUUUAAGAAAUAUAUGAUAAUAUAGUUUUUUAAAAUUCUCUAUUAGAAUUAAAAGUCAAACCAAAAAGUGGUCAAUUAAUAUCAUUAUCUCAAUGGAUAGAAGAUAAAAAGUUUCAAUUUCAAUUAGAAGGUAAAAAAGUUGAAGAAGAUUAUUUCAUUAACCUUAAAUAAUUUAUAGAAUAGAAUGUUGGUUAAAAAAAAGAUAAUCAAGACAAAUUAAAAUAAGAUCAAGAACGAAUGGAUUGCGCUAUUUGCUUAUAAAAUUUAGAUUCUAAAGAAAAUAUCACAUAACUUGAAUGUCAUUUUACCCAUAGAUUCCAUACAGAAUGCAUUGUUAGAUGGAUUCAUGCAGUUCAUAAAUGUCCAUUAUGCAAUUAGCCCACUUGA